GCAACCAGGAGCUAGAGGUACGUACCUCUUCAACACGGGCACACACGUAAGGCUUCACGAGCCACAGCGCGACCGUUCCAACCAUCCACAUCCACAUCCAUCCUAUCCCCAUCAGCUUCAUCCAUAAGUCGCAUCUUUUCCCCCCCUUCACAUAUCGACUCUCUCUAUCGACAAAAAUACCCUCACAUCGCGCAAGAGGAAUCAAAGGCCAUUCAAUAAUUCUGACGACGAUACAAUGGCCGACGAGCAGCCUCGUGGCAUCGACCACACUGAUUCCAUCGAUUCAAAUGAUGGCCCGAAGCAGCCGGACAAGAAGAAGAGCCGUCGCCCUGCGAAUACUGCCUUUCGACAACAGCGUCUAAAGGCCUGGCAGCCCAUCCUCACACCAAAGACCGUCCUGCCUCUCUUCUUCGCCAUCGGCAUUAUAUUCGCUCCCAUCGGCGGUGCUCUUCUAUACGCGAGCGCUCAGGUCCAAGAAAUCCGACUUGACUACACCGAUUGCAUUGAAAAAGCUCCCACCCUCAAGGACGGCGGCGGCUUCAGGGGAAUGCCAGGCAGUGCUGUCAGCACCGCGUUCAAGAGUUCCAAUACUUCAGUGAAUGCACAGUGGGCCAAGGAGGACAACGUCACCGUUAAGCUCGACAACGGCGUCAGCGUCUCGAACCCUCGAUGCCAUCUCAAGUUCACCAUUCCAGAGGAGAUGGGCCCGCCUGUUCUCUUCUACUACCACCUCACCAACUUCUACCAGAACCAUCGCCGAUAUGUCCUCUCCUUCGAUACCGACCAGCUCAAGGGCCACAAGCGAUCUUACAGCGACAUUAAGAACUCGGACUGUACUCCCCUGUAUGGUGAGGGCAGCAAGCCUUACUAUCCCUGUGGAUUGAUCGCCAACUCCAUGUUCAACGAUACCUUCUCCAGCCCCGUGCUCUCGAACCCUCCCAAGGCCAGCAGCAAUGAUACGUGGGUAUACCAUAUGCAAAACAACACGGGCAUCUCGUGGGACAGUGACAAAGAUCUCUACGGCAAAACCUCGUACAACUACACUGACAUAGUCCCCCCUCCUAACUGGCACGAUCGCUACCCCAAUGGAUACACUAAGGACACGCCUCCUCCUAACCUCAAGGAAUGGGAGGCUUUCCAGGUCUGGAUGCGGACGGCUGGUCUUCCUACUUUCAGCAAACUGUACCAGCGUAACAACACUCAGGCUAUGUGGUCUGGGACCUAUGAUCUGGUGAUUGACUACCGCUUCCCGACUCUCAAGUACAAGGGCACCAAGUCCGUCAUCAUUUCUACUCGAACCGUUAUUGGAGGACGCAAUCCUUUCCUUGGCAUUGCCUACGUCGUUGUCGGCGGUGUUUGUAUUGUUCUCGGCACCGUGUUUACAGUUACUCAUCUCAUCCGCCCCAGAAAACUUGGAGAUCACACUUAUCUCUCGUGGAAUAAUGCCCCUGGUGCAAAGUCUGGUCCUAGCACUGCCGCCGCUUCGGGUCGCGAACUCCGUCCUGGCGAAGCUUAGACAGCUCGCGACGAUUCGCGCGCUCUUCUAGCAGCUCCUAGGAGCCCAUCUCCCGCGUCUUUUAGAUCACCGCCCAGUGCAUCGGGUGGUCCCCUGGUUCCUCCCUAAUCUGCACCGUCCUAGGUCACGUUCACCAUCAAGGAGAUGAGUUAUUUAGUACUCAAAGGCUAGUAGAUGCCGUUUUGAGAGAGUGCUUUUGAUCAUAUUUGCUAGUCACGUUUCUCCAUUAUACGUCUCGUUGUGUUUUUGUACGACUACUCUUUUUUGCGGCCUCCGACUGUUGCUUUACUUUUGGUUUCGGGAGACUUACAUCAUCAAACGUUGGUCUCUUACAUGUGUGCCAGCUAUGUCGGCCUCGUGUGCCUCUUUACCCAGCAGGUACCUGUCCUUUUGAACAAGAUACAACGAAAGGGAAAAGAGGAGGAGCAAGAAUCAUGUUGGCUUCGUGCUUAUCUUAUAUGGGUAGGGAGUUUGGGCGCGUUGCGACUCGGGAAUAAGGAUAGAAUGAAUUGAAGUAUCUAAAUACUCUCGAGUCCCAUCACACGAUCUGACGUUUAGCCAUAGAUUGGAUACUAUGCUGCCUCUAACGUGUGGGUUAUCACAGACCAAGAAUGAUAUGACGCCAAAGAAUUACAAUGUAAAAUCGCUCACAAUCAUGAAUUAUCUUAUUGUGUCUGAUACGACUGCCCUUGACCCAUCCUGACUAUAUCGAUAUCGAUAUCGCCGAGCGAAGGAACUAUAAAAAAAAAUCCUUACCAGACCAG